AUGGCCGCCAAGUCGUUCUUCGACCUCGGGAGUAACAACAUGGACGGGCAGCGCGUGCCGAUGGCCACCUUUGGCGGGCGCGUGUGCCUCGUCGUCAACCUUAACUACACUCAACUCGUCCAGCUCGACAACAAGUACCGUGACCGCGGUCUGCAAAUCCUCGCAUACCCGUGCAACCAGUUUGGUGGCCAAGAGCCUGGUACGAACGCCGAAAUCAUGGCCUUCGUCGCCAAGUUUGGCGUGCGCUUCCCGCUCUUUGAAAAGGCGGACGUCAACGGCGAGCACACACAGGAGGUUUACGUCUUCCUGAAGGACCGCCUCCCGGGCGACAUUACGUGGAACUUUGCCAAGUUCCUCGUCGACCGACACGGGCAACCCGUGAAGCGCUACGAGCCCAACGUCGCGCCGUUCGACCUCGAGGCCGACAUUGAGGCCCUCCUGGCCUAA